AUGGCUUAUUUGGAAAACUAAUUAGUUGAUAAAACUUUUGGAGAACUUAAAAUAAGCCUGAAAUUAAAUAGAUAAUUUUUAUUAUCAGUUAUGUUAUCGAAUUCAUCUUUUUAAUCUCUUCAAUUGUUGUUUUACACUAUAACAUUCAGUACCAUAAAUAAGACGAAUUCUAUUAGAAUAUAGGCUCAAUAGAAAAACAAGAAGGAAGAAUAAAUCGUUGAUUCACAAAUUUUAGUUUAAACUUAAUUAAUUAUCAUCAUCGGGGCUAUAAAUAUUAGACAACUCUUUGUUACUUAUUUAUAUUANAUUAAAAGAUAAAUUUGCAUAAGAGUAUCUUCCAUAAUGGAGAGGAGAAAUAUUAAAAAGAUAUUCAAUUGAAAAAUGAUCAAAUAGUUAUGUUGUAAAAUGAAAACAAUCAAUUGGUAAAGUUAAUAGAGAAUCUGAAACAUCAAUAAAGUAAUUUAUUGAAUAUAAUUUAAGUAAAUAAUUAAGGAAAAGAACAAAUAAAAGUAAAACAAUUGGAAUCAGAACUAAAGAAUUUAUAAUCAUUCAUAUAUGACAGUCCUCUUGUAGUUUUAUUUAAUCUUUUAGAGGAUCGAUUAUCAAAAUAAUAGUAAAAGAGCUUUGAGAAUAAGGGAAAAAUAAAGGAAUUUUGGUCAACCUAAUUAAAAUAAUGGAUAGAGGGAUUUGAAGAGUUAAAAUAAGCAUUUUCUGGAUUAAAGAUUCUAUUCAAGUAUGAUCUAAAAUAUGCUAAUUAAACAUCAUAAUAGAAUGAUUGA